UGGGCGCGCGGGCGGCGGCAGCGCGGCUCCGCUUCUCCUGGAGCCCGGAGGACUGAAAACUUCCGAGGGAGGCUCGGGUCGGUGUGCACCGCCCGAGGGCGCACCAGCCAGGGGUAGAGGGAUCGCCCGGCCCCGUGAGGACGGCACUGCGCGAGCCGGGGAGCUGGGACGAGCGCGCAGCCCGCCCGGAUCCGCGCCCAGCGGCCGCCGCCGACUCCGCGAGCUGCCCGGGACGAGCUGCGGAGCCGCGCCGGACCCUCCGGGGCCCCGCGCGCGCCGAGACCCUUGACUGUCGGCUUCGCGGACCGGGGACGAGAAGCGAGGAGCGGGGUCGCGGGGAUCGCCUGCCGCGCGCACGGCGGAAGCCAUGCGGACCGAGUCCGGGGCUCGGGCUCCGGUGCGCGGCAGGCAGCUGCACUUGCUGCCCGGGGCCCUGCGCGCCUUCUUCGCCCUUUCUCGGCGCCCCAGAGGCGAAUAAAGGAAAGAUGCACCCCAGUUGCGCGUGGGACCCCAAGUCCUAAAAGCUGCCUGCGGCAGGGACCUGCACCGGUGUGCAUCCUGUGGUCACCUCCGGGGCCGGUCGUCCCCGGUGGGGAGGGUGCCGCCGUCGGCGGAGCCUCAAGAAGCCCCGAAGAUCCAUCCUCUUGAUUGGCACCCCAAGAGUUGCAACGGCAAGUGUCACGUGAUCGCAGAGCCCGGUAGGGGCUGCCUUACCAGUCCCUAGAUCUACACCCCAACUUCGGGGUGGAGGCGAGGGGGCUCGCGCUAGAGGGGAGCAGACGGUACCCUUCCGGCGGCGAGGAGAUCCGGGGUGGGGGGGGGGGGCGCCAGGACGGAAACUUCUGGGAAAGGAAACGGCUCUGCACCUUUUUGGAGACGGGUCUCCUGGCACCCCAGCGUGGGGCCAUGUGGGGCGGACGGCGCCCCCCGGCCGCCCCGUCGGGGCAGUGGGCGUCGCUGCUGCAGCUGCUGCUGGCGGCGGCGCUGGCGGCGGGCGCGCGCGCGGGCGGCGAGUACUGCCACGGCUGGCUGGACGCGCAGGGCGUCUGGCGUCUGGGCUUCCAGUGCCCCGAGCGCUUCGACGGCGGCGACGCCACCAUCUGCUGCGGCAGCUGCGCGCUGCGCUACUGCUGCUCCAGCGCCGAGGCGCGCCUGGACCAGGGCGGCUGCGACAACGACCGGCAGCAGGGCGCGGGCGAGCCGGGCCGGGCCGACAAGGACCUUCCCGAUGGCUCUGCAGUCCCCAUCUACGUGCCCUUCCUCAUCGUGGGCUCCGUCUUUGUCGCCUUUAUCAUCUUGGGGUCCCUCGUGGCUGCCUGUUGCUGCAGAUGUCUCCGGCCCAAGCAAGAACCCCAACAGAGCCGAGCCCCAGGGGGCAACCGGCUAAUGGAAACCAUCCCCAUGAUCCCCAGUGCCAGCACUUCCCGGGGAUCCUCCUCUCGCCAGUCAAGCACGGCUGCCAGUUCCAGCUCCAGUGCCAACUCAGGGGCCCGGGCACCGCCAACAAGGUCGCAAACCAACUGCUGCUUACCGGAGGGCCCCAUGAACAACGUGUACGUUAACAUGCCCACCAACUUCUCCGUGUUGAACUGUCAGCAGGCCACGCAGAUCAUGCCACACCAAGGGCAAUACCUGCACCCUCCCUACGUGGGCUACACCGUACCCCAUGACGCUGUGCCCAUGACACCUGUGCCCCCUUUUCUGGAUGGCCUGCAGCCGGGCUUCCGGCAGGUACAGCCCCCCUUCCCCCAUGCCAGCAGUGAGCAGAAGAUGUACCCCGCAGUGACCGUAUAGCCGGCCCGCCAGGCCACGGGGAGACCAAGGGAAACCAUUGGAUUCUCUAGGUGGAAUUCUGCGCGUGCUGGUGAUUUAUUUUAUAAUGGCACUCUCCUUUUGGAGGGCUUCAUUUGCCCUAACUUAUAUAAGAGCAUCUCUGAAUUAGCCUGGCCGUGUUUGUGGUAUGUCUCUGACUCAUAAUGGAAAAGCCACUGCUGUUAGUAAUACGUAGCAGAUGCCUGAGCCCCAACCUAAGUGCCCUUGAGGUGUGGUCGUCAGAAGAAUUUUCUAGACUGAUAGAUUAGGGGGAUUUUUGUUAUGUCAUUAAUAAUAUUAUUUCAUUUUACAAGAGCAGAGACCUGUUACACCUUCUUACCUGGGUCACUGAAAAAAAGCUUCAAAGGUUGAAGGGAUGAUGUAAAUAAUACAAUUAUUAUUAAACAAAACCAAUUUGAACUUUAUGAGAUUAGUUAUCAAUGUGUUAUUUCCAAAGGCACAUCUUAAUUUUAAGAAGAUAUAUUUUAUCUGUGUUUGUGUUUUGUUGGGGUCUAUUUUGUGCUUUAAAAACAUUUUUUGACCUUGUGUAGAGAUCUUAUUACAAAAAUGAUUUUCUACUUUAAAAAGAGACAUUUUAGAAAAUGAGUUAUUUUAAUCUUGGAGUAGAGGAUGGGGUAAUAAAACUGUUUAAUUCCCCUCCUUUUUCUUUUUUAUUAUUGUCUUUGAAUAAUUAUACCAAGAGGU